AUGAACGCCAUCAAGAAGCGGCUGCAAACAUUGAAGCUCGAGAAGGAUCUGGCGAUGGACAAAGCUGAUCUGUGCGAUCAGCAAGCGAAGGAGGCGAAUCGCCGGGAGGAGAAGCUGAGGGACGAGGUGCGCGAAUUGGCGAAGAAGCUGCUGCAAAUGGAGCACGAUCUGGAAGUGAGCAAGGCCCAGCUGAUCAAGUCGAACAGGGAUCUUGAGAUGAAGGAGAGGGUCUACAUCGUGACACAGUCGGAACUGGCGGUGCUGAAUAGAAAAAUGCAGCAGUCCAUGCAGAACCUGGAGAAGUCCGAGGAGCGGCGUUUGUCGGCCCAGGCGAAGCUCGCGCAGGCCAUGGAAACCGCGGAGGACGCGAAACGCAUCUGCAAGGUCUUGGAGAACAGGAGCAAGCAGGACGAGGAGCGGAUGGACCAAUUGACGGCGCAGUUGAAGGAAGCGAGGCUCAUCGCCGAGGACGCGGACACGAAGUCGGACGAGAUAUCGAGAAAAUUGGCGUUCGUCGAGGACGAGCUCGAGGCGGCGGAGGAAAGGGUUAAAUCGAGCGAGGCGAAAAUCAUCGAACGGGAGGACGAGCUAUUUAUCGUCGGGAAUAUCUUGAAGUCUUUGGAGGUAUCCGAGGAAAAGGCUAAUCAAAGGGUGGAGGAGUUCAAGGCGCAGCUGAAGGAGCUGAAGGUGAAGCUGAAAGUCGCCGAGAAGCGUGCCAUAUUCGCCGAGAAAACUGUCAAAAUCUUCGCGAAAGAGUUAGACAAGAGAGAAGAUUACCUGCUGAAGGAGAAGGAGAAGUACAAGUACAUUUGCGACGACCUGGACUCCACGUUCUCGGAACUGACGGGAUACUGAAUGGAUCUUCGUGUAUGCCGAACGUUCCGCCCGGAGAUUAUCAGGAGCGAGGCACGUUCGCCCGCAGAUGUGUGUUCGUCGAGCGUAGCCGAGGGUCGUCCAGAGUGAAUCCAGCCGGAUCUUUACCUUACACGAUAUCAAUUUAUUUAAUCGAUUCUACGAUCGACACAAUGCAUCGAAACGCCGUACCACAGAUUUAAUACAGUUUAAAUUUAAUCGCACAAUUCGUUUAAUCGUACAACACCCCUCCCCGCUCGCGGGAGAACGGGGAGGAAGUCCGCGAGCAGCAGUUCGAUUAUCGUUCGGAGCUCGCGGUGUGUGACCUCGCGCCACGACUGGACCGUUUCGCGCCGCUGCGCUUCUUCCUUCCUCCUCCUCCUCUUCUUCUUCUUCUUCUUCUUCUUCUUCUUUUUCUUCUCUUUUCUCCUUUUCCAACGACGUUAAUCGUAGUUUUACAAUAACAAUUGUCCGUUUGAUUGGCUCACUCACGUGUCGUCGACGCGCGUCGACGCGGCAAUCGAAGCGCGACGUU